GCCGGAGAUCUGUCUCUUGCCGUAAAGUGAGAGCUUUCGCCUGAGCUCCAUUUCGAUGGCACAUCUGCAGUCAUCAUGGAUUGUUGUGAAAUAUGAUGGAGGCUGUGAGGAGAAAGUGUCGCAGACAUGUACCGGUUGGUAGAUAGCUGAUGUAAACAUUGAGUCACCAUGUGUUGAUUCAUCGAACUAUGGCAAACUGCUAAAAGGUACCCCCACCGUGACGGUGUCUCUGCUGCCAUGGAGGUGGGUAGCCUCCCCGUGGAGCUGUGGAGGGUUAUAUUGGCCUAUCUUCCACUCCCUGACCUGGGCCGCUGCUGCCAGGUGUGCCGUGCCUGGAGGGAGCUCAUCCUCUCCCUGGAUAACACACGCUGGAGGCAGCUGUGCCUCGGCUGCCCCGAGUGUCGGCAUCCCAACUGGCCCAGUCAGCCCCACCUAGAGCCCCCAUCCUGGAGAGAGGCACUGAAGCAGCACGCCCUUGCCAUCCGCACCUGGACUCGAAAUGGACCUGAGCUCCAGUCCUCUGCUUGCCUCUUCUUCUUCCGUCGGAGAAAAGACCGCAGGGUUUGGCACGUGGGUCCUGGGUGUGAGUAUGAGACCCUGCGCGGGGCUCUUGGGGUGGUGGGGCCAUAUGACCGUGUGGUUCUCCAUCCAGGGGUGUAUGAGGAGCAGGCUGAGGUGACGCUGAAAGUGCCUGUGGAGCUGGUUGGUCUGGGGCGACUGGGUGAGGUGGCCCUUCUAGUGUGUAUGGAGCAGCAGUGCCCCACUGCCAGGCUGUGUAACCUGGUGUUCAUGCCACCCUGGUUCUCCACGGUUGUCUACAAGACAUCAUGGGGUCACAUCCAACUUGACAACUGCAACUUUGAGGGAGCCCAGCUGCAAAUCCGUGGCCCUGGGACCUGCCAGGCGCGUUUUUGCUCCUUCUCGCAAGGCAGCUCUGCCCACUUGCUGGGUGUAGUCCUCAGUUUAUUGGACAGCUGCGACUUCUCAGGAAGUGACACAGCUUCAGUGACUGUGGAAGGGCCCCCGGUGUCGGAGAGAAACUGGGCUUGUAAACACUUGGCUGCCCUAGCUAGGACAUUACCAUCUGGGUUUCAUGGCUCUUCUAGAGUUGCCCAUGCCUGCUCCACUGAUGAGACUGACCCCUCAGGUGGGAAUGUUAAAAAGGAGCAUGUGAGUAUGGAGGACUGGAAGAGAAGGACUGGCGGAGAUGGGGCAUGUCAGGGCACAGUUAUUGAUGAUGGCUGGAGUGAUGCUGAGCACAGUGAAGGAGAGGAGGAGAACCGAGAUGUAGGAGAAACUGACAACAUCAAGAAACUACGUGCAGCGGAUUAUAAAAUCCCUUAUGACCAUCACGGUUUAUCCGAUUUGCUCAAGCCACGGGCAGAUGGCUCAUUGCCACUUGCGUCAUCCUCUGACCCUCCAUCUGUAAUUCCUGAACCCCUCACCCUUCAGCAGGAAUUAGAAAGAGAUCCUGAGGCCCUGAUACUGGCAUCUACCCUUGGCUGCAUCCUCAGACGCUGUCUCUUCAGAGACGGAAAGGGUGGUGUACAUGUGUCUAAUUAUGGACAAGCUCGUCUGGAGGAAAAUGUGUUCCGUGGGCUGAACUAUGCUGUCCGCUGCAUCCAGAACUCCACUAUUGUGAUGCUGAGAAAUGAGGUGUGUGAGUGCCGUGCAUCAGGUGUGUUUCUGCGUCUAUCUGCUCGGGGCCUCAUUGCGGAAAAUAACAUCCACUCGAAUGUUGAGGCUGGACUGGACAUUCGGAAAGGGGCAAACCCAAUCAUCCUGUGCAACAAAAUUCAUAGUGGUUUGCGUUCUGGGAUUGUUGUUCUUGGCAAUGGGAAAGGUUCAAUUCGGAGCAACCUCAUCUACAACAACAAAGAAGCCGGUGUGUAUAUUCUCUUCUGUGGGAAUCCUGUGGUGAGAGGAAAUCACAUUUUCCAAGGCCAAGCAGCAGGGAUUGCUAUAAAUGAGAAUGGCAGAGGGAUGAUAACAGAGAAUGUGAUCAGGGAGAACCAGUGGGGGGGUGUGGACAUCCGCAGAGGAGGUGACCCCAUCUUGAGGAACAAUUACAUCUGUUAUGGCUACUCAGAUGGUGUUGUGGUGGGAGAGAGAGGACGUGGACUUAUUGAGGGAAACCAUGUCUACUGUAACAAAGGCUGCGGUGUGUGGGUUAUGUCAUCCAGCCUCCCACAGCUUUUAGGAAACUACAUCAUCCAUAACUGUAUGUAUGGACUGGCAGUGUUCUGCAGGAAGGAUCCAGAGAACUUUGAAGCUCGUGAGGGGAACUGGCCUGGACAGGAAGGGAUUGGUGGAGAUGCAGGUCGAGGGGAAAGGAGGGGAGUGGAAGGAGAAGGAAGAGAUGGACAAGAAAACUUCAAUGAAGAGGGUGAACUAUUUGCUUGGGAUAGUGAUCUGGACAGCGAGGAUGAGCACCUCUGUGCUCGCCGCUCCGUCAGCGUGGCCUUAGUGGAGGGUAACUGCGUGAGCUACAAUGGAGCAGUUGGCAUAUAUGUGAAGAGCAGCGAGGCCUUGAAUGUAUUCACAAACCUUGUCAACAGCAACCACGGCCCUGGCAUUGCUGUGCUGCAGAGCACUCAGUUGACCCGACUUGUUACAAACUGCAUUCUUAAAAAUAGCCGAAGUGGUGUUACAGUGGAAAAAGACUGCAGAGUGGAGCUUCGUGGUAACGGCAUCUAUGAAAACAGCGGCUAUGGCGUAAGGUUCAGCGGUAAUGGGCAGAUAUUGGAGAACGAUGUGGUUGGUAACAGUGGCUAUGGGAUCCAGGUCUCUGCAAGCACUGAUAUCAAGGUAGUGCGAAACCGUGUCCAGCCAGCACAGGGCUGUGGUAUUGCUGUGCUGGGGCCAGUAAAAGGUGUUGUUCAUGACAACAUUUUGUUCCAAGGCCACCCAGAGAACCAAAAAACUCUGCUACACAUGGACCCUGGGAAUGAGAGCUGUGUGUUGUGCAACAACAGUAUUCUAAGGCACAACAAUUCUACAUCUGUUCCACCAUGGAUUUUAGAAAACCCUCCUCCUCGCCCACUGGCUAGCUCUCCAGCCUGCCUGUCCUUAUCCCAGUAUCCAUCCCGACAUGGAGUUUCCAAGACUACAAGGGUUGGUGCUACAGUGGAAAGCGGUUGCCACAGUGGCAGCAUGUUCUGCUCCAUCCUGUGAAUACUGACGAAUACUUCCAAACCAGUGUGGAUGUUGGUUGCUAGUUGUCAGCACCUGGUCACUUGUAAGAUCCAAGUAGAGUACUUUGACUUUCCAAAAUGAUGCCCCUCAGUGUAGUUAACCGUUGUUAGGUUUAAGGAAACAAGAGUUAAGGCCAUCAAUCCAUUAUGUAAGGGUAACAAAUUAUGUAAAUCACUUUGUUUUAAUUAUAAUAUAAAGUCAGUUCAUUUGUAAAAUAUUGAAUGAGGUGAAACAUAAGAGCAACACUUUUAAGCCUUUCAUCCUCCUUUUUGUCGGGGCAUUUCACUUAAGCUUUACAUUAACCAUGUUCUUUUUCACUGUUAAGACUUUGUUGGUUUUGUGAGUUUGCUUCUUGGACUCCAGUUAGGAAGUGCACAUUUACAAAUCCUAGUGGAAGUCAGAGGUUUUAGAAAUGCCAGCUUCAACCAUGGUACAAAGAAAAGGUGUGCCUUGUUUGACUUUUUAAAAUCAAUGAUUGUAGCAAGGGUGGAAAUAGAGUGUUUAAAGCCUGAGGCAUUUAUGCAAAAAAAAAAAAAGCCAAAAUUAAGCUUUUGCCUCUUGCACAGAGCUGUUGUUUUCUGCUGAGUCUAGAUUUUUACAGUGUCCUCAAAGUUGUUUGUUUCCUUGGUUUUCUCUGGGGAAAAGUUGGUUACUGGUCAAGAUACUGUCAACAUGCUGCACAGUGACACACAAUCACAAAGACUCAUUUGGCAACAAUCAGAAGGAAAAGGAUGUUUAAUGUGCAAUAUGUGGUGGCUACAAAUGUGCCUAUACGUUUAAGCUGGAUGUUCUGUCAUCUAGAGGUUGUUUACAGCUUGUUAGUCUUUUUUUUUCCUUUUGUACCUUUCAACUGUAAGCAUCAAUAUGUAUAGCUCAAAGUUAACCACUUUAUUUGUCUACAAAAUACAUUAACAGCUCUUUGUGCGAUUUCCA